UCACAGGAGGGGUUACAGGAUGGGUCACAGGAGGGGUCACAGGAGGGGGUCACAGGAGAGGGUCACAGAAGUUGGUCAGUAGCCUCGUUAACUUCACAAAAACCGGACCAACUUCACUAUUACCCGUUAAAGUGUUCAGUAACCUUGUUAAUCUUAUAAAAACACCCUUGAAAGCCUGACCAACUUCACUAUUACCUGUUAAAGUGUUCAGCAGCCUUGUUAAGCUUAUAAAAACACCCUUGAGAACCUGACCAACUCCACUACAGGCUGUUAAAGUGUUCAGCAGCCUUGUUAAGCUUAUAAAAACACCCUUGAAAGCCUGACCAACUUCACUAUUACCUGUUAAAGUGUUCAGCAGCCUUGUUAAGCUUAUAAAAACACCCUUGAGAACCUGAUCAACUCCACUACAGGCUGUUAAAAGUAGCCAUAGAAACACCAAGCAGCACAGGCUGCCAGCUGAGGGUUUAAAUGCCUUGGAAUCUUGAAAACAGCCAUUUAAACACUGAACACAGACCAUGGUAAAGAAUUUAAAACACUAUAGAAUCUUCUGUAGAGGGAAAUGUUAAGGGAGGUGAACCACAGAGGCUAUAAGUGACAUAAAUCUUCAGAAACACAAAAGAAAAGACAUGAAAGAUGCAGGUCAAAGGUUAAAGUGCAAAUAUUAACUAGAUUCUCAUUGUUUUUUCUCAACCGUUUGUUUGUUUUGGUGCUUCGUUACAUGCCAUAUUGCGCCUUAAGAGUCUACACCUCUCUUGCAAAUCUUUCUUUCCUUCUCUUCUUGUUUUAGUCCCUCAUGUUUCUCUCCCUGAUGUCGUUUUCCUUUGUGUCUUUUCUGCAUCUCUCUUUAUCUCUCUCUCCCCAAGUUUUAUUUUGCUUUUGUUCUUAUUUGUCGUAGCAUUUGUUUCCGAGUCAAAGUUGCUCAUUUUCCCACCAAGAUUUGCCUUCCUGCCAUUAUUUUACAGCCAAGUGUCAAUAUUAUGGUUUUCCGCAGUCGCUAAUACUUUAUCAUUUAUUGUUUGUUGUGGUGUUAGUCCCCAUGGCAGACAUGUUUGUUGUAAUGCCAAGGUUUACCUGGAAAGAGCUCUCGUUUUCUGUAUCCAGGUCUGAAUUUUAUUGUUUUAUUGAUCUGUUAACAGUUCCCGGUGAUACGUUUGUUGUGAUGUUUGUUUCCGAGCCUGACUUGCUUAUUUUGCCAAUGAUUCUUGCCAUUUUUCUAUAUCUAGUUCCCAAUAUUGUGAUUUUUUUAUUCAAGCGUUACUGGAGUUUGGUUCCGUUUGUUGUGGCGUUUGUUUCCGAGCCAGACUUGCUUAUUGUACCACCAAUUCUUCCUGCUUAUCAAUAUCCGUCUCAAUAUUGUGAUUUUUUAUUCAAGCGUUAGCAGUGUUUAAUCCUGUUUGUUGUGGCAUUUGUUUCCGAGCAAGACUUCCUUAUUGUACCACCAAAUAGUGUCUAUCCGCCUGUCUGUCUGGCAAAAGCUGCAGGGUUGCUUAUGCCUUCAGUAGAAUAUUAAGUCUAUAGCUUUAAGAAGCUUUGUAUGGAGCCUCAAGGAAACACAUAAAUUGAUCUGAAUAUGGGAUGCAUUAGGAAGGAGAGCCAGUAUGGGAGUGGAAGGCAUGAGUGAGUGAUGGGAGGUAGUAAACAAACUGAGGGUGGGAUAAGUUAGCUAUGAGAAUUAAAGAAGUGGAAGAGAUAGUGAAAAGUAGAAAGAUGGAAGGUGGAUUGAGUUUGAGAUGAGAGGUAAACAAACUGAGGGUGGGAUAAGUUAGCUAUGAGAAGUAAAGAAGUGCAAGAGAUAGUGAAAAGUAGAAAGAUGGAAGGUGGAAUGAGUGAGAGCUAUGAGAAUUAAAGAAGUGGAAGAGAUAGUGAAAAGUAGAAAGAUGGAAGGUGGAUUGAGAGAGAUGAGAGGUAAACAAACUGAAGGUGGGAUAAGUUAGCUAUGAGAAUUAAAGAAGUGGAAGAGAUAGUGAAAAAUAGAAAGAUGGAAGGUGGAUUGAGUGAGAGAUGAGAGGUGGUAAACAAACUCAAGGUAGAAUAAGUUAGCUGUUUGUUGACAUUGGGAAGUUAAUCCAGAUAGAACACUCACUCAUGCACCUUACACUGUCAUCCCUCCCCUACACUGUCAAGCCACUACGCUCAUGCCACCGGUGAGGUCAAGAUUAUCAAGGUCAGAGUGAAAUUAGAUUAGCCCUGAUUGACCUGUGCUGCUGUUGUGACCUUUUGUGGUUGUUUUGUCAGGUCAACGCACAAACGCACAAACGCCUUUUCAAAACUGGCGUCAUUAUUGUUAUUAUUAUUGUUGUUUUAUUUGAUCUUCCCGGUGUCUCUCUGAAGUGGUGUUUGUUUGCCUUGUAAUCUCUAUUUCAGCAUUGCUCAUUACUGUUUGUGUAUGUAGAUGGAUAAUUAACUUACAAAUAACUACACUCACAAAAUUUUUCAAAGGAAUGUGUGAAAUUAGAUGUUUACCUUACAUUUUUCGCCAUUACUCAUUAUUUACGCUGUCUUAGUAUAUAUAUAUAGAUAAGUAUUUAUAACCAGUAGUGUAGUUGCCUAAGAAUAACUGGCCUUAGAGAUUUUAAAGGAAAUUCACAAGACACAGGUUCUCAAAUGUGUUGCUCGGACCUUAGGAAACAAGACGUGUGUUUGUGUGUGUGUGUUGUUUCCCACCUGUCCCACAUGCCCCCUACUGUGUGUUUCAGUGAGGGGCUGGGAAAGCUCUCUAGGACACACCUGCGUUGCCUCAUUUCCUGUGGUGGGGGUUAGGAGGAGGAGGGGGGAAGAUAUGGUAACAGAAUAACAGAUACACGCAGGGACUCCUCUCUUCUUCUCCUUCACAGCUUAUCUUUGUGGUUUUCUACUGUUUUUUUUCUGCUGUUUUGUCCUGCUUCCUUUUGUGUGUGUUUGUGUUGCCUCGUAUCCUGUAGUGGCGGGUACACACAGUCCUCUCUUCCUCUUCUUCUUCACAGCUUGCCUUUGUGUUUUCUCUGUCUAUGUUUUUUCCAUUGUUUCUUAAUUUUUCCUGGUGUGUGCGUAUGUGUGUGCGUGCCUCAUUUCCUGUAACGUUAGAAGGAGAUCUGGUAACAAGACAACAUUUACAAAGUCACUCCUCUUAUCCUCCUCUUCUUCUUCACAGCUUAUCUUUAUGACUUCCUACUAGUUUUUCAUUUUUUUCCUGCUUCCCUGUCACAGUUUUUAGUUUCUUCAGUUGUGUUGUCGGUACGUGCAUUUUACGAGCCAGCUGCUGCUUGUUGUCAUGUGGAAAGCCCUUUUUGGUGAGGUUACUGUGGUCAUGAUGACUGUUUCCUGUUUUGAAGUGUGAGGAGAGAGAGUGUAGCGGUCAAAUUAUGCUCUAUUUUAUACUCUUAACAUACAUCAUGACACUGAGUUUCUGGAGUCACUGAAGUUAAGUUAAUGGAAAUAAGGUGCUUUUGAGAGUAGCAGUUAUUGACAGAUUUCUUGUACAUGUGAGUAUCUGUUGCUUUAGACAUGUAACGAGAGGUUAAAGUGUUUAGAUUGAGGCUUCCCUUGCAGGAGUUUCCAUCACUCAGAACUUCCUGAAAGAGAUAGAAGUUGUAUUUUUUUAAAUUUCCAUUUAUUCAUUUAUUUGUUUGCUCCGCAGCGUUCCCAACAAAAGUUUGUGAUUUGGAAAAGACGUUUAAAUGGUACUCUAUAUUUUAAACUUUUAUAUACAAGCCAGAAGAAAAUAAAGAUGUAUUUUUGUUAGCUUAUAGGUCAGGUUAAUCUGCUGUGCCUUUGGGAUGUGUCUGUUACUGCACCACAUAACCAACACCACUGCUGGUUACUUGCUGUCCACUUCACACACUGUCAGGCGCCAUUCUCCACAAAUAUCUUGAAAACAAACAUUUGGAUCACUGUGAUACUUCGACACUGCUUGUUUGACGCUGUCCCUUGAUUUACAACACAACAGUUUUUGCCAAGUGUUUCGUAAAGGCAAGGCUAAGUUCACUCUCGACUCUUGUCUUUGAACGUGAAGCUGGUAAGAGCCGAGGAGACACUGAGACGUAGAUGUUAUGCGGAAAGGGGAUAUGGGGUAGGAGGAAGGCAGGGAGGGAGGGAGACAAAGAUGGGGGUGCAGGGAGAGGUACUGGAUUAAUACACUUCACUACCCUCUCCAAAUAUCUACUCAGUUCUUGCCAGCUUCACCCACAGAGCUCUUCAGAUCCCUUAAUGAAAUAUUAGACAAAGCUCAUGGGGUCAUAAAUUAGAGGACGGUUUCAAAUGAGCUGUGCCAGAAACAUACAGGGACUGCCACAUGUAGGCCUGGUGGAUUCUUGCAGUUUCCCUUUUGUUCGUAUGCUCUAAAAAUGUCAUAGUGAUUUAAGUGUUUGUUUACAAGAUAUUAGCAAAAAACAACACCUCAUGAUUUGAAAUGAAGAGUAGGAUGGUAGAUCAAGAUGUGGUAGUGAGGUAGGAUGGUAGAUUAAGGUGUGGUAGCAAGGCAGGGUGGUAGAUUAGUGUUAGUGUUAGAGUGAUAGGUUAAGAUGUGCUAACAAGGUAGGGUAGGUGACCAAAUGUAGGAAAGUAAUAGUGUUUUCUGCAUUAUUUAUCUGUUAGUUGCUUAUUCUUGUAGUCUCUUUAAAAAAAAAAUUCAACUUGUUUUAUUUCAUGCAUAUAAUUGUUUUUUAGUGUUUUAAAUUUAUAUAAUUAUUUUAAAUCUGCUAUAUAACCUAUUUUGAAUCUAUAUAUAAUCUAUUUGAAAUCUAUAUAAUUAUUUUAAAAGCUAUAUUACCUAUUUUCAAUCCCUAUAGUCAUUUUCUUUCCACCUUCUCUAGUGCAAAAUAUUACAAACUUCUCUUUAAAAUCUACACAAGUAUCCCUAAAUCUAUACUAUUAUCAUUUUCUUUAUCUUCAGUAACUUCCAAUCUUUCCUAAUGCUAAGAAUACUUUAAACUGAAUCUCUAUAACACUUCCUGCCUUCAGUGAUAUAAGAAGUGCAUUAACUCAAAUUGUAGAUCUAAAUAGCUUUUCUUACUACCUUCUGUGAUGUCAUAAAUGAACUUUUAAUAUUUUGACUUUGUUUGAUUCUGUGACUGUACCCUACCAGACUGAGUGACCUGUGAGGGCAGGGGGUAAUGGGUGAAAGAGUGGUGGUGAGUGGCUGUGAGUGGGAUGGGAGGUGAGUGAAUAAGUGGGAGGAAUGUCAGUUUGUUGCUGGGUGGAAGGAAAGGGGAUGUGUCACUGGGGAGGUGGAUGAGUGGAUGGGUGGAAGGAAUGUGGGUAUCUUACUGUAGUCUUACUUGUUCCCUUGUCCAAUAAUAAACCUAAUUAUUCCUUGUCCAGGCUGCCUCUUAACAGAUGCUAAGUGUUGUCAGGAUAACAGUGACAGCAGCCUGGUGUGUUGUCAGAUGCUGUGCUCAGCUGAACAAUGCAUGCCAGGCUGUGUGAGGCAUCGACCAGCCUGCCCAAGACAUGACGAGUGUGACAGACAGCAGCCUCCAGGACGUGUAGAAUCCCCGGCAUUAAGGAAUCAACAGUGUGCAAGCAGGACAGGGCGGCGUGCAGGCUGUGCAGGUCAGGGGAAGACAAAAGAAGAGGAGGAGGAGGACUUUUGAGAACCUGCCUGGCGAGGUGUCAUAGAGUGGGCAGAUUGUGGAUCACCAAGACACAGCAAAACAACACAGCACCAGACGUUCUCGACAGUUAGACUCACCUGCAGUUUUGAGGUGACUGACUAAUGAGGCUCCCUAUGCUUGCAGGACAGUAAUAAUUAAAACAAGCGCCGAAGUGACUCAUCCUUGCCGCUCCCUGACGCAGGACACGCGCUCAGGCUCCUAGGAAUUAUUGUGCAAAACGGUCCAGUGCAUCCCUCAGCAUUUUUCCCUCCCUCGUAACCUUUCCUCACCCCUGUACCCCUUCCUUUACUUACCUGUACGCACCCCCCUUCCCCGAGACACUGGCGCACCCCGUGGCAGACUGUGUGGCCAUGGAGGUCAUCCUGCCGCCCGGCAACAUGGGCGGCUGGGAACAGCACCACCACCACCAGCCACAACAACAACAACCGCCGCCUCCGCCUCCACCACAACGACAACCACAGCAGCAGCCGCAGCAGCAGCCACAGCAGCAACCACAGCAGCAGCCACAGCAGCAGCAGCAGCAGCAGCAGCAGCAGCAGCAGCAACCACAGCAGCAGCAGCAGCAGCAGCAGCAACAGCAGCCACAGCAGGAUCAGGACCAGUCCCGUGCCGUGCUGGGGGCAGCAAUACUGCACUGUGACUACUGUGGGGAGGAGCUGUACAGCCACGUGGUGCAUGCCUGCAGGAAGGCCUUCAAGUGUGCCGAGUGUGGCAAGGGGUUCAGCCACAAGAGUGCCCUCACCAAGCACGAGUUCACCCACACAGGCAUCAAGAACUUCCAGUGCCUGGAGUGUGGGGAAAGGUUUGCCCAGAAGAGCAACCUGGUGCGCCAUGGCCUCACCCACAACACCAACAGGCGGUUUGAGUGCAUCGAGUGCGGCGACAAGUUCACCCAGAAGAGCAACCUGACGCGGCACAAGUUGACGCACUCCAGCGUCAAGAACUUCCAGUGUCAGCAGUGCGGGGAGCGGUUCACCCAGAAGAGUAACCUUACAAGACACGCGCUCACCCACUCCACCUUCAAGAGAUUCCACUGCCAGGAGUGUGGCGAAAAGUUUACGCAGAAGAGCAACCUCAACAGACACAUGCUGACCCAUAACAGCGUCAAGAACUUUGAGUGCGAGCAGUGCAGGGAGAGGUUCACCCAGAAGAGCAAUCUGAACCGACACAUGCUGACGCACAGCAACAUAAAAAACUUUGAAUGCCUGGAGUGCGGGGAGCGGUUCGCCCAGAAGAGCAACCUAAACACGCACACCCUCGCCCACGCCGGGGUGAAGAAGUUCGAGUGCGAAGUGUGUGGCAAACUGUUCAGCCUGAAGCACAGCCUGACCAACCACGCCCUCAUUCAUACCGGUGCUAAAGAUUAUCAGUGCGGAGUGUGCGAGAAGAGGUUCACCCUCAAGAGGUACCUCAGCAGACACAUGCAGACACACAAACCUGAGAAAAAGGAAUGAAUGUCAACCGUGUGGGACCAGGUGCCGCAGCGGGAGACCACCGCUCCGGCUGAGCACACUGUCGCCCACACAAGUGACGCAAACCUUCAGCUCCUAGACUGGGGAAGUUUUUGGGGGAAUUUUGAAUACAACUUCAAUCACACCGGGUAAGGAUGACAGUGUGUGGACGGGGAGAAGCGCUGCACACACUCACCACUCCUCUGUGUACCUCCGUUGUGCCCUCGCUCCCUGCACUCCGUGGCGUCGGUACUUAGUAACCGAAACACCUUGUUGGGAGACGUCACAACGCAACAAGCAGCACGGUCUCUAGCACCACUGCCACUGUUCUCUUGAAUAUUCCAUGUAGGUAGUUAAUGAAGUCCUAAUAACUAUCAGUGUCCAGAUUUGCUUGCACUGAGACAAUGUACCAGAGACAACGGAUUCACUGACAGUAGCCACUCCCACUUACAAUUGGUUUGUGAAGUUUAGAGAACGUUUAUACACAAGUAGCGUCGUAGGGACCGCCAGAAUUGCUGUCUUGUUUUCUAAUAAUCUGUACCUCCCCCAAAGUUCCCUCUUCAGACCCUCAAAUAGUUUCCAGUUCCCUGACAGAAUAUUUAUGUAGAGGUGAGUGUGUUAAGUGCAGAGGGCAGUGUUGGGUGUGGCUGCUAUGUAUGUAUAGAAUAAUGUUAGGGUGUGAUUGUUUGUUAUACUCCAGUCACCAUCGCAAGACCACAAUGACCUAGACUAACUUGCCUCCUCCUGGUGAUUCAACCCAGCCAUUCCUGUAAAUUUAGUUCCCCCCCUUAUUGAUGAUGUGAAUUUGGUUACUUUGUUGAUUCCUGUAUGUUAAAGAUUGAUAGGUGUGAUAGAUUGAUACUAGGGUGUGUGUGUGUGUGUGUGUGUGUGUGUGUGUGUGUGUGUGUGUGUGUGUGUGUGUGUGUGUGUGUGUGUGUGUGUGUGUGUGUGUGUGUGUCUAAUCUUAUCAUUACUUGUUCACAUUUAAAUUAUUACUGAAGCUCUCUACUCACACACACACACACACACACACACACACACACACAUACACACAAAUACAUUACAAAUUUAAUUAUUGUUAUUAUUCUGUGAUUAAGAUCUAGGAAGAAAUUUUAACUAUUGGACUUCAUCUACCUAAGUCAGAGCAGAUGUGGCAGAGGGGAAGGAUUGAAUGUAAUGUAAGUGCAAUGGGACUCUGUGUGGCUUAGAGACAAGAGCAGGUCAGAGUUUGUGGUCUUGUGGUGAUGGCAAGAGUAUAGUUCAUCAUUCAGCCCAGUAAUAGUGGAAAAGAUUUGUUGAGACUAUUAUUAUUGGGAAGUGGAAGAGGAAAUGUGGCUUGAUAAGUGGGCGAUUUCUUGCACGAAGGAAAUAACACCGAUUUCUCAGCCCAUGUUUCCUCCUCUGCUUUCCAACUUGUCACCUUCAUGCGUUAAUACUUUCAUCAUCAUAUUCAUGUUGUGACAAAUUUGGUUGGUUUCUUUGCUUUGUUUAAUGUUUUCUUUACUGCUUUCUCUUCACUGACUAGCUACAGUUGUCACAUUCAGACGUCAUUAUUUUCAUCAUCAUCACAUUCAUAAUUAUGGUGAAGUUGGUUUCUUUCAUUACUUUAUUUAAUGUUUACUUUAGUGAGUUGAGUGGUGGUGGCAGCAAGAGCACAGGAAUGAAGUUGAUUCCUUAUGACUUUAAGACUCCUGAAGGAGUCUUAAAGCAAAACUAGUCUGGAAUAAACUUCUCUCCUGUGGCCUUGUUUCCACCACCACUGGGUUCCAUGUGUCCUGAAAGUGUCACAAUGUUUACUUUCACGUUUGUGUUUGUCUGAAAAAGUCGGACGUCUUAUUUACGUUUCCACGCCCUCGGAGGUUAACUCUGGCGGCUCUUACGUUCCACUCACCCGUGUGGCAGUGGCCUAAGGAGGGCCCCCAGGGAUUCAAGGCUUGGGCCGAGCAUCCGUCUUGCACUUGUAAAUGUGUUGCACUCUGCCGCGUUAACGGCCGAGGGCGUGCGUGUUGGUUUUGUACACUUUUGGCUAGUUUAUUCUCAAGUAGGAAACGAAAGGUAGCUGGUUCCAAGAAUGUAUAAUUUAUAAAAGAGUGAAUACCUAGGAUGUCCAGCUGUGGCCAGAACUGGUGUCAGGACCUCAUCAACUUUUCUUUCACUGGAUCAAGGUAAUGCUUCCUGUUUUCGUUCAGUUCACCUUACGCGUCCCCACUGACCAAACACUGGAGCCCUUGACGUCACUUCUGGCCUCUGCUGUACAUGCAGUAAUGGUUAUGUUAAGACUGUAAAGAGGUGAUACCCACCCCUUAUGGAUGUAGUACAUAUACUAAAGGGUUCAUCCCCUUUAAGAAAGUAUAUAUAUAUUAUAGAUUUAAUAUUACAAAGAUGACCCCAGGGCAUGUCUGAUUAUACAUAUUUAAAUAUAUUCCUUCCAGGUCAUAUUUGCCUCGUAAUCUUCAUAAAAUUAGUAUUUUAAGGAGGAGUUACAACUUUUUCGAGUCUUUAUAAUUAAAACACCCUUGACUGUUCUGUGUCUCAUUCCGACUGACAACAAACAACACAAGACAAGACGAGAGGCUAACACGUCACCACAUGUGUGGAUGCAACGCUAUCUCGUUACACGGCACUUCAGUGUUGAUGCGUACUGUUACUGACACUGUAAAUUUUGGCUCGUCCAUCAUGGUAUGGAAGAGACAAGGAAUGAAUAUUGUAUGUACACAGUGAGACUUGUAUUUAGAGGUGUGUGUGUGUGUGUGUGUGUGUGUGUGUGUGUGUGUGUGUGUGUGUGUAGACCAGGCCCUGUUUUGAAUAUGAUACAAGUUAGACUAAGGGUUCCGUGGGGAUUGGUCAAGUGUAUAUAUAAUAAUGGAGAUGCAUACCUAUGAUGUAUAGUGUAAAUAAAGGCAUUCUAGAAGUA